UUGUCCGGCAUGCUUUUAUCGUCCUUCCCUUUAAGACGGAUGAAACGUUGUUACAUAUCUCGGUGAAUAGCGCUUGAUAACAUCUCUAGGUGAAGAGUCAGCUGAUAGAAAUGUAGGCUAUCGGUGAAGAUUACUCUGACAUUUUCAUAUAAAGACCUUGAUUGAGCAGCGUCGGCGGAAGGAAGAGAAGAGAGGGAGAGAACGAGAGGAGUGUGUCAUUGUAACAACCGAAGUCUAGCCUACAGUACGGUGACUGCAGCGCUACAACCAUGGACGUAGACGUGGUGAACAUGUUUGUCUUGGCGGGAGGAACUCUAGCCCUCCCCAUCCUGGCCUUCUUCGCCUCAUUCUACAUGUGGCCUGCAGCUAUCAUCCAUGUCUACAACUGGUACUGGCGCCGGAGGCUGGGUCUGCAGGUGGUCUACUCUGAGAACAGAGGCUACCGGUUCUGUUACUCCCACAGAGGGAAGCCCGGUCCGAGCCGCCCCUCUAUUCUCAUGCUCCACGGCUUCUCUGCCAACAAGGACAUGUGGCUUCCUGUGGCUAAGUUCCUACCCAAGCAUCAGCACCUGCUGUGCGUUGACAUGCCCGGACACGAGGGCACCAGCCGCACCGAUGCCAGAGACUAUUCCAUAGAGGGACAAGUCAAGAGGAUACGACAGUUUGUGGAGAGUGUCCGUCUGACCAAGAGGCCCUUCCACCUAGUGGGUACAUCCAUGGGGGGCAACGUUGCCGGGGUGUACGCUGCCCGCUACCCCAAAGACCUUUGCAGUGUCACCCUCAUCUGCCCGGCAGGUCUUCCUAACGAGAGUCCGUUUGUGGAGCGUCUGAGGGAGAUGGAAAAGGAGCAGGAGCAGAGUGGGAGCCUGGACCCCCAGAGGAUCCCUCUGAUCCCCUCUACCCCAGAGGAGAUGGAGGACAUGCUCAAACUCUGCUCUUUCGUACGCUUCAAGAUCCCUCAACAGAUUCUUCAGGGAUUGGUGGAUGUUCGGGUUCCAAACAACGACUUCUACAGAGAGCUGUUCAUGGAGAUCGUAGGAGAGAAGUCCAGACAUUCCUUACAUGAGAACAUGCAUCUGAUCACAGCCCCGACACAGGUCAUCUGGGGGAAGCAUGACCAGGUGGUGGAUGUGUCGGGAGCGUCUAUGCUGAUGGAGGCAGUCUCUGGCUGCCAGGUGGACCUGCUGGAUAACUGUGGCCACUCUGUGGUGAUGGAGCGACCUCGCAAGACGGCUCAGCUCAUCGUGGACUUUAUCAAUAACCAACACAACACUGGCUCUGGCUCUAACAACAGCAAGAAACUCUCCUGAGACUGACUACCUGGAGCUCAGACUUUAUAGGACCAGUUUCCUGGACAAGGUUGAACAUAGUCCUAGACAAAGAAGCACUUUCAAUGGGGGUUUGAUCUCCGUUGAACAUGUGUUUCAGUCGGGGACUAGGUUUCAGUCGGGGACUAGGUUUCAGUCAGGGUUUCAGUCAGCAACUAGGUUUCAGUCAGGGUUUCAGGUUUCAGUCAGAUUAGGUUUCAGUCAGGGUUUCAGGUUUCAGUCAGAUUAGGUUUCAGUCAGGGUUUCAGUCAGAUUAGGUUUCAGUCAGGGUUUCAGGUUUCAGUCAGGGACUAGGUUUCAGGUUUAAUCUGUGUCAAGGAAACCAGCCCACAGUGAUCGUUUAUUGCAUCUGUAAAUAAUCGAAUAAUCUGUAAAUAAUCAAAUAAUCUUGAGUGAUAUUUUUCUAAUCUAGUCCUCAGGGAAUGAGGGCCUUCACCCAGCUGGCAACUGUUUCAUGCUUGAAUUUGAUUAUAAGGCGAAGGAAGACUGUGUAAAAUACUGGGAUACAAUAUUGUGGUAUUGCAUUUAUUUGGUGAUUUAAGGACCUUAAUUUCAAAUGUUAUAUUCUUUGUUUAAUUGCCAAUGUGUUACUAACUAACUUAGAUGAUUUUGCCAAACCAUGGUCAGCUGGAGGACUGUGGUUGGUCGGGUCUGAGACUGUUCCCGCCAGAAAACCCAAGAAGUAAAGGAAGAUGUUGUUAGUUUGAUUUGUCUUGUUGAAGGUUGGUACUUGGUCUUAUUAUUAACCACAGACCAACAUACAUAUUACACCUUGUACAUUAGGAACAUAUUGAAGGAACAUUUAUCAUUGUGUUUUAAGAGAAAAUAAUAUGAAUUUGAACAAAAACAAUGGAGCUAUAAUGACGUAAGCUUUGUAUUAUUAUUAUUAUUAUUAACCCAAAGUACUUUUUCUUCAAGCACUGCUAUAUACUGUUAUGUGAAAUAACCUGAUAGUAUCGAUGCAUGAGACGCAGCAACCAAUGCACAGCAAUGUCUGCAUAUUUUCAAGUUUGCUUUGUUUAGUUUAAGCUGAUGCCAUGUCAAUAAGUUACACUGAGACAGAAAUAGAUUUGUGACACUUUUGUUAUCCUUGUACGUGUUAAUGCAUUGUCCAUCUACACAUUGUUUUGCUUAUUCUUGUAAAGUACAAAAUAAAACACUUUUCUCAUGCUGACAUGAAAUUCA